AGGGAUUAUCACAGUAAUGCAGCGUUCCCAGCUGCUUGGCCCGGUGACAGCAGCAUGACGCUGAUGCUGCGACGAUAAACCGGACCGUAUCGCAGCGGUUCCCCGAUAAACCGGCGGCAGAUGCCGUUCAGAACCGAUGUGGGCGCAAAGUACGGACACGUGUUCGAGGGUGACAAGUGGGCGCCGCGAAGCGCUCUCCUCCGAUCCAACGCGCUGGACGACGGAGAGAGGAGGUUCUGGAGGCGCCGAAGUCAGAGCGAAGUCAAAUGAAAGCACGGGAUGAAGCGAAAUCUGCAGCUUCAGCCUCCACAAACUGACAAGAAGUACAAGAAAGGUUGGAGCUGCUGCAACAAGGGAAGCACCGAGGAGGCCAUGAACCGCGUCCACCUGCAGCAGCCGCAGACCUGUGGCCCCUGGGAGCUGAAGGAGCGACUGGGCACCGGGGGCUUUGGGAACGUCACCAAGUGGCAAAACAGGGAAACGGAGGAGCAGAUCGCUGUGAAGCAGUGUCGCCAGGAGCUCAGCGAGAGAAACAAAGAGAGAUGGUGCCUGGAGAUCCAGAUCAUGAAGAGGUUGAACCAUGUCAAUGUGGUUGCAGCCAGAGAGGUUCCAGAGGGAAUGGAGAAACCCAUGUCCACCAACGACCUGCCGCUGCUGGCCAUGGAGUACUGUGAGGGGGGAGACCUGAGAAAGUGUCUGAACCAGCUGGACAACUGCUGUGGGAUGAGGGAAGGCUCCGUUCUGAUUUUGCUUCGUGACAUUUCGUCGGCUCUGACCUACCUCCACAACAAAAGAAUCAUCCACCGGGAUCUGAAACCUGAAAACAUUGUGCUGCAGCCCGGCGAGAGACGGCUGAUCCACAAAAUCAUAGAUCUUGGCUACGCUAAGGAGCUGGACCAGAGCAGUCUUUGCGUUUCGUUUGUGGGAACACUGCAGUACUUGGCUCCAGAGCUCAUUGAGCGGCAGAAAUACACGGUCACUGUGGAUUACUGGAGCUUUGGGACCUUGGUGUUUGAGUGUAUCACAGGAUUUCGCCCUUUCCUGCCGACCUGGCAGCCUGUUCUCUGGCACAACAGGCUGAAGACGAAGAAGGACGAAGACAUUGUCGUCUAUGAACACCUGUCGGGGGAGGUUCGCUUCUCUCAGCAUCUGCCCCAACCCAACAGCCUCAACAGUCUGUUAUUGAAGAAGCUGGAGAGGUGGCUGCAGCUGAUGCUAAAGUGGUCUCCUCAGGAGAGAGGCAAAGAUCCUAACUCUACACCCAGUGACUGCUUCAAACAGCUGGAGAUCAUUCUGCAGCUCAAGCUGGUUCAUGUCCUGAACAUGAUGUCCGCCAACAUCCUGACAUACUCGGUCUCUGACGGUGAGACCGUGGCCGACCUGCAGCGGCGGAUAGAGGACGACACCAAGAUCCCGGCAGCCGACCAGGAGCUGCUGCUGGAGGCGGGACUAGCCUUGGAGCCCGGCGGCCUGGCCACGCAGUGCGCCGUGGAUUACACAGAGAUCGAUGGGCGACGCACAGAUCUGCCUCUGGUCUUCCUGUUUGACCGGUCCUCCUGCAGCUAUGAGCCCAAGUUUGAGCCCCGUGUGCUACCUGAAAACAUCCUCUUUGUCCGGUCUGACCCUAAGCACAUGCUGGCUUACAGCCAUCUGAGGAGGACGUGUGGCCAGGCGUGGCACACCAUCCGCUCUCUGAAGGAGGACUGGCAGAGACUCCAGCAGGGGCAGAAAGCCGCCAUCAUGAGCCUUCUGAGACACAACUCUUCACUCUCCAAGCAGAAGAACGAGAUGGUGUCCAUGCACCAGAGGCUCACAGCCAAGCUGGAGUUCUUCACCACUAGCCUCAACAUAGACAUGGAGAAGUACCAGGAGCAGAGAGCCACUGGGAUUGCGUCGGAGAAGCUCUUGAGCGUGUGGAGAGAGAUGGAGCAAACCGCUGUGAGCUGUGGCCAGGCCAAGGUGAGCGAGCUGGAGGAAGAGAUGAUGCAGCUCCAGCCAGAUAUAGUGGAUGUGCAGCGGCAGCCGUGGAGGAGUGGAGAGCCCCUGGAAACACUGGAGUCAAAAGCAAUGGACCUGUUCCGCAAACUCCGAGAGAAACCCAGAGACCAAAGGGGUUCAGGGGACGGGCAGGACGUGGUGCGUCUGGUGGUUCAGGCCGUGCAGUUCUACGAGAGGAAGCUCAAAGACUUCUACACCCACCUCAGUAAGACGGCCGUGUGCCGUCAGCGCGUGAUGGAGCUGCUGCCCAAAGUGGAGGGCGUUGUCCAGAGGAUGGCUGAGAGCGAACAAGUGCUGAUGGGUCUGCAGGAGAAACGACAGAGGGAGCUGUGGAACCUGCUCAAAGUGGCCUGUAGUAAAGUCCGCAGCCCGGUGAGUGGGAGUCCCGACGGGCUGCUGACCCCCAGACAGAGCUUACAGCAGUUUAACGAUUCUCUGGUGGAGGAGAGCCGGACAUUUGAGAGUCGACUUGAGAGUUUGCUGCAUGACACCAUCCAGGAAUCAGAUGACAACAUGGAGAUGUUGAGGGAGUGGAAGUGGCUGAGUCCAAGUGACCUGUCCUAAAAGGAUUUCAUCAGAUACUGUGCUGCCUCGGUGUGGAUGUGAUGUUCAACUGCACAGGGUCGUAGCAGCAGCUGUCGUGCCCGACAAUGUGAACGGAGUGGUCGCUGAUGGCACAUGUUAGGUCACUGAAGCCAGAAAAAAAAAUGUAAAAGCAUUUUUAUUUAUUUGCCUGUUUAACAGUUUAAAUAAGUGGGAGUAAAAUGACACUCCGUCAUUAACAGAUCGCCUUCACGUCCACUGCGUUAGAGGUAAAUGGUCUGCACUUGUACAGCGCUUUUCUACCUUGUCGGUACUCAAAGCUUUAACUCAACUUGGAGUUCAGUGUCUUGCCCAUGGACACUUUGGAACAUGACCCGAGCCAGGAAUUGAACCACUGAUCCUAUGAUUGGUGGAUGAGCCGUCCAAAUUAAUCAGAAACUUUUUAAGCUGUUUAAAAAAACUCAUAAAUCCUGUAGUUUUGCUGCAUGUGGAGCUUUGAAGUGUACUGUAGCUCAGUUGACACACACAUAUUUUAUCCUCAGUUUAUUCUAUAUAAACUUAAUUAAUGUAGAUGUCAUGUCAUUGUUCAGAUGUGGCCAGAAAUAUGUAUGCUUUGGUUUAGAAACUAUGUAUAUUAGUUACAUUUGUUUAGCUCUAUGAGAAAACUACAAAACUGUUUUUGUAUUUUCAUUGUGAAUAAAAAAAAUUAGUAAUGUUUCAACAA